AUGUCCAUGACGCCAGCCCCAAGACAACGACAAGGAAAAGGACAAGGACAAGGAGACAGGGACACCAGAAGUGAAACCCGGUCCAGGCUGGAUCAAGGAUCUAACAGCGGCGGGCGGCAGAUAAUGGGUCUGAUCCUGGGUUGCACAAUUAUGUCUCUCGUGGUAGUCAAGGUCGCCUCCGCAGCCACUCUAUAUCAGCAGCCACAUCUGCUUCAGCAGCAGUCGCAGUCCGUUAACGACAUUGAGUCCUCCGUCGAGGAGUCACCGGCCACCAAGGAGUCGGAGCAGUGGGAGCAGUCGGAGAGCGACAGUGAUAUCGAGAAGAUGAGGGCCAAGUUGCAGCAGCUACAGCACGAGCAGCAGCAGCAGUAUCUCCGCCAGCAGCAGCACCAGUUGCAGCUGCAUCUCCAGCAGAUGCAGGCGGUGCAGGGAGCUGGAUCGACAGGUGGAGGAGGAGGAGGAGCUGCGGCAGCUGGAGCUGGUGCUGGUGGCGAAACCGCCUACUUAUUGGAGCGUGCCGACAGCCAGCUCGCACCCAUCUACGGGACGUGGCGCACGAAAGCGCGACGGCAGCCACACGCAACCGCGUCGCACGAACUGGACGACACCCAUGUGUACGAGCGUCUGCCGAGGCGUUCGGCGACCAUGACGCCUCUAAAGGGGCUGCUGCGUGAUCAGAUGCCCCGCCCGCCACGUCUCUCCACCCAGGAGAUGUCCCAGUUGUCCCUGGGAUCACCAUCGCCACCGCCCACAACGGCUCUGCUGAGGCGUCAAUAUUCCGAGACGCCGGGAACCAGGGCUCUGCGAAGUCAGGAGGAGUUCAAGCCCAAGCCCUUCCACUUCCCCUACGAUGGCCCCCUGCCCGAGCAGUUCACCAAGGGCGAGGCUGUGCGUCCCGAGCUGAACAACAUCCAGGACAUCCUGCAACACUUGCACAUUGGAGGAGGUCUAGGGCCGAGCAAGCUCCCGCCAAUGGUGAUGAUGCCCACGGGCCUGCACAUUGCCGGCACCUUCAAGAACCUCAAGUCGAGCGGCAUCGGGAACUUCUUCCGCGGCAAGCGGCACAAGAAGCAGAUGCAGUUCAGCAUCCCGAUGGGUCACCUGCCCCUGAUGCCCAUGGCCAUGCCUAUGCCCAUGUCCAUGCAGUGGUAUGCUCCCGCGAGCCACCAGCGAGUGGCCAUCGACCAGCUGUAUCCCUACAAGCCCCGGUCACCGCAGGACGUCAAUCUCCUGGCGAUGCAGCCAGUAGUGGGCAAUGGGAAACCUCUCUCCAAGAACAAGAAAAAGAAGCAGCAGCAGCUGCAACAGCAGUUGUUGGAACACGGCAGCCAGCAACACUUCGUGGCCGAUCCUUUUCUGCAGCACUUUGCCCUGAACGCCACCCGGCAGCCGCAACACAAGAGGGUUCCCUUUAAGGUCAACCUGGACAUAUAUCCCGUGCUUCCGCCCUCGCGUCCCGCCUCGGUGCUGCGCCAUCCUUUUCAGCAGGAGUAUGCUCUGCCCUCGGCAGCUGCCUUGACGGGCACCACGGCGGCGGCCUUCCAGAUGGGUCACGGCCAGCAUCCUGGCCUCUAUCAGCAGACGCCCUUCAAGUUCCCCACGCAGCAGUCCGCCCCAAUGGUGUUCCCUGACCAGGCCACCAGGUUCAGCCAGCAGCAGGCCUUGUACCAGCACAAGUUUCCGCCGCCGCUUCCUGACGAUAGCAUCUACGGACAAGGACAGGGCCAUGGUCCGGUGGAGAGCCAAACGAAUCCCAUCAUGCUUCACUUGAACGUGUUUCCCAAGCAGAAGCCAACGGCCACGAUUCGUGCCUCCACGAAUCCCUUCUACAACCACAACAUGCAAAGGAACGCAGUAAACUCGAAUGAGCUUCCGCCUCCCAAUCCGCCAAGUCCCAUUGAGCCAAGACAUGCAGUGGGUGGCAACGUCAGUCAGUCCCAGCAACAGCAGUCACAUCAAACAUCUGUGAAUCAAACCCAGCAGCAGCAGAAUCAGCUUCCAGCGACCACCAAUCGCCCCAGUUCCAUUUCCCGCAGCGACCACGUGCCACUUAUCGACUUCGAGCAUCCAAUUGUGGCGGCCGAGCUGCCGGAUCGGUCCUCCCUCUCGGGAUUCCGGCAGGAUCAUCACCAACGUUACAGGAAGACGCCCGUCGACGAGCACUAUCGCUACGGGAAGAGCGCCAACAUCGAGCAGCUGGCGGCAGAGGCCCAGACCGCCUCGCUCUUUCGCUUUCCCGUCGAGGAUCUGAUACAGUUCCAGGUGGACGAUGCCCUCUAA